CCAGCUGAGACUGGCAGACGCAUUCCGCGUCUCUGAUCUGAAUCGGAACGCACACACGCCUCUCUGAUUCUAGCCGAGAACAGACUAACCGGCUCGGACGCGGCACGGGACAGGCUGUUUACUAUACCUGGCCAGAUGGAGUACACCAGAGCUGACGAGCUGACGGAUGAGGAGAAGGAAAUCAUCAACAGCGUGCUGGCUCGGGCCGAAAUGAUUGAGGCCAUGGAGCAGGAACGAAUCGGGCGUCUGGUCAACCGGUUGGACACAAUAAAGAGGACAGCUUGUGGUGAUGGCCAUUCGCAGUGCCUGCUUUGUGGCCAGCAGUUUGGCUUGAUGGGAAUCAGCUCAGUUAUGUGUGAGGAUUGCAAGAAGAACAUGUGCACCAAGUGUGGAAUUCGCAGCAACAGUCGCUCCAGCCCUGUAUGGCUGUGUAAAAUAUGCAGUGAACACAGAGAGAUGAUGAAGCGGUCUGGUGCCUGGUUCUUCAAGGGGUUGCCACAGCAGGUCUUGCCUGCACCCUUACCCAUCUCCAGACCGAAACAGUUCAGCAAUGCCAAUGCACCUGCUAAGUCUGAAGCUUUAGCCUACCAGAGCUCGACCACUCAUUCGUACGUCAAUGCACAGAAUGGAGACAGCGCCCAGCUUAACAUCAGAGGACAGCAGAUUCUAGAUAUGAAGCUUCCUGAGCAGGAAGGGCUGGCUGACAUUUCUCACAACAGUCAAACUCAGUUGAGCGGGGAGAGACAGGCUAAUCUGACAGCAGAGAAGAAGGAAGAACCUGUCAGGAGCCCUGGUUCUUUUCAGCCUUCUUAUACAAACGCGCCAAUCCAAAAAGCUGGUACUUUGGAUCACGAGAAAGUAACCCGUCAAAUCGAGAAUAGAGCACUACCUACUAUGCCACCCCCAGUUGUGAACAACACCCCCACUCGCCCGUCUGCAGAGGAGAGGGAGGACGCCGACAGCUACGACUCUGACGAUGCCACCACACUGGGUAUGUUGGAGUUUAGUCUGCUGUAUGAGGAACAAAGCAGCACUUUCUACUGCAAUAUCAUCAGAGCCAAGGGCCUCAAGCCAAUGGACUCCAACGGCCUGGCGGAUCCUUACGUCAAACUGAAUUUGCUGCCAGGUGCCAGCAAGUCUAACAAGCUUCGGACAAAGACCCUGCGCAACACCUUGAAUCCAGCUUGGAAUGAGACACUGGUCUACCACGGCAUCUCUAAUGAGGACAUGCAGAGAAAAACCCUCAGACUCUCCGUGAGUGAUGAAGACAAGUUUGGACAUAACGAGUUCAUCGGGGAAACCCGGGUGGUCCUGAAGAAGCUGAAGGUAAACCAGAAGAAGAACUUCAGUGUAUGUUUGGAGAGAGUCGUGCCGGUGAAAAGAACAGCUGCUGGAGGUGCAGCACGUGGUAUGGCCUUGUACGAAGAAGAGGUAAACGAAGGCGAGGAUUCAGAGGAAAGAGGCCGUAUUCUGGUGGCGCUCACCUACAGCAGCCAACUGGGUCGACUCAUCGUGGGUAUUGUUCGCUGUGCCCAUCUAGCUCCCAUGGACUCAAACGGCUACUCCGACCCUUAUGUGAAAAUUUGCCUGAAACCUGACAUGGGGAAAAAAGCCAAGAAUAAAACGCAGAUCAAGAAAAAGACCCUCAACCCAGAAUUUAAUGAGGAGUUCAGCUAUGAGAUCAAGCACAGCGAGCUUGCAAAGAAGGUGCUGGAUAUCACAGUCUGGGACUACGAUAUGGGAAAAGCCAAUGAUUUUAUAGGAGGCUGCCAGCUUGGGAUCACAGCUAAAGGGGAUUGCCUGAAGCACUGGUAUGAGUGCCUGAAGAACAAAGACAAGAAGAUCGAGCGCUGGCAUGUUCUGUUCAAUCAAAACAACGUCGAGGCUGACGACUGAGACACACACGUAACUGCGAUCUCAAAGAUUUGUGUUUCUCAGCAUUUAUUUUCAUUCCCCUCCUUAAAUAACUCUUUCUGUACCGAUAGCCUGACUUUGUAAACAAUAACAAUAUUGCUCUUCUUGCUUGGAAAUCUCUGUAGAUCUAUUAUGUAAUUAGUGGUUUCGAGAAUCAGAAACCGACUAUUUAUGUAUGUA